AUGGAAGAUCAAUUCUCAAAGUUACACCCAUGCUUGCCUUUGAGCACAAGGAUUGGGAUAGUAGGAGCAGGUCCAAGCGGCUUAUCAGCUGCUUAUGCACUAGCUAAGCUUGGUUACAGUAAUGUAACCUUGCUAGAGAAAUAUCAAACAGUUGGUGGCUUGUGUGAAUCAAUUGAUAUUGAAGGAAAUACCUAUGAUCUGGGAGGUCAAGUUCUUGCAGCAAACAGUGCUCCCACCAUUUUUCACUUGGCAAAAGAGAUUGGGUGUGACCUAGAAGAAAUGGACUCCCACAAACUUGCCCUCAUUGACAGUUCUACAGGAAAGUAUCAUGACAACCAAGUUGCAGAUGAUUAUCUAUCUGUAAUUUCACUGACUUUAGAACUCCAGGACAAAGCAAAGGAUUCAGGUCGAAUUGGUGUGCAUGCAGUUAGUGAUUUAGCUUCAGAUUUAACUCCAACAUUUCUCAAGGAUCGUGGAUUCAAAUCUGUUCCCAAAUCCGUGGCUUAUGGGUACACUGCUUCUGGAUAUGGUUUUGUGCAAGACAUGCCUUACGCAUACAUUCAUGAGUUCACCCGCACUUCUAUGGCCGGAAAAAUUCGACGAUUUAGAGGUGGAUACAUGAGUUUUUGGCAGAAGGUCUGUGAAUCUCUGCCAAUUGAAGUACACUGCAACACUGAAGUGAUGGCAGUAAGACGCAGUUCGUCUGGUGUCAGUAUUGAUGUCAAAAAUGCUAAUGGAGAAGUCAAAGUAAUGGAAUUUGAUAAGAUCAUUAUUUCUGGGGCUUUCCCCUUUAGGAAUGGAAAAGUUUACAGAUCACCAGUUUCUAACUUAGCAGAAACUGAGACUCAAGUUAUGGAUUUGAAUGAACUUGAAAAGGAAUUGUUCAGUAAAGUAGAGAUUAUCGACUACUACACUACUGUUCUGAAGAUUAAGGGCUUUGAACAUAUGCCAAUCGGGUUUUACUACUUCGAGGAAUUCAUGGAAGAUCCUGCAACUAUGGGGAAUCCAGUUGCAAUGCAAAGAUUCUAUGCAGACACAGAUGUUUUCUUGUUCUGGUCUUAUGGCAAAUCUGCCAACAUUGGGGGACCAAAGGUCGCAGAGCUUGCAAUUGAUGCAGUUAGAAGAAUGGGGGGGAAUGUAGAGAAAGUAGUUCUGCAGCGGCAAUUUAAGUAUUUCCCUCAUGUCAAGAGCCAAGAUAUGAAGGACGGGUUCUACGAGAAAGUAGAGACUGAACUUCAGGGUCAGCAGAACACUUACUAUUUGGGUGGACUUGUGGCAUUUGAGCUCACAGAGAGAAAUUCAUCUUACGCCAUGGCUCUAAUCUGCAAGCACUUUGGAAAUGAUAGUCCAUUGCCAAUGUUUCCUUAUGUCAAGAGAUUGUUUUCACUACAGUCAGAUUGUCGGGAUGGGAAUCCCAAAAAGUUAGAUGAGUCCCGAGGAGUGGAGUUCCCCAAUUUGUGUAGCCUUGAUGCAUAUUUGAAGCACUGGGGAACUCAUAAUGUCAUUCAAAACAAGACCCUCUAUACAUGGAUUAAUGAGGAAGGGGAAGGUGUGUGCCAGAGGACUUACAGAGAACUUCACGCCAAUGCUUCUUGCAUUGCCCACAAGCUCUUGACUAGCAGCAAACCAGUUAUCAAACCUGGUGACAGGGUUCUCCUUGUCCACGUCCCAGGUCUAGAUUUUGUUGAUGCUUUCUUUGGAUGUUUAAGAGCCCGUGUAUUACCUGUUCCAGUUCUUCCCCCGGAUCCACUUCAAAGAGGUGGACAAGCACUUUUGAAGAUCGAAAACAUCGCUAAAUCAUGCAAUGCAGUGGCAAUUCUAUCCAGCGUUGGGUAUCAUGGAGCUGUUCGGGCAGGUGCAGUGAAGAACUUGAUCUCGUUUUCCGGUAAAAAUGGCAAAUGCUCAGCUCGCUGGCCAAAUCUUCCCUGGUUACAUACAGAUUCUUGGAUCAAGAACUCCAAAAGUAUGCUUCCGCAAGACAAAGAGUAUCGAUCUGAACCUGAGAAAGAUGAACAGUGUUUUCUGCAGUUCACAUCAGGAUCUACUGGUGAUGCAAAAGGAGUGAUAAUAACCCAUGGUGGGCUCAUUCAUAAUGUAAAGUUAAUGCGAAAAAGAUACAAGAGCACAUCAAAUACGGUACUAGUAAGUUGGCUUCCUCAAUAUCAUGACAUGGGAUUGAUUGGGGGACUUUUUACAGCUUUGGUUAGUGGGGGAUCUGCAAUAUUAUUUUCUCCAUUGACUUUCAUCAGGAACCCCCUCUUGUGGCUUCAGAUCAUGAGCAAGUAUCGGGCAACUCACAGUGCUGGCCCCAACUUUGCUUUUGAACUUGUAGUUCGAAGAUUGGAGGUUGACAAUAGCAAGGUUCAGAACUAUGAUCUUUCUACCAUGAUUUUUCUCAUGGUUGCUGCUGAGCCAGUUAGGCAGAAAACUUUAAAGAGAUUUGUUGAGCUAACUAGUCCUUUUGGCCUCUCGCAAGAGGUGAUGGCUCCUGGUUAUGGAUUGGCAGAAAAUUGUGUAUUUGUUAGCUGUGCGUACGGAGAAGGGAACCCUAUCUUGAUAGAUUGGCAAGGAAGGGUCUGUUGCGGUUACGUGAAUCCAAACGAUGCAGAUAUUGACAUCAGAAUAGCCAACCCAGAUACUGGUAAAGAGCAUGAAGAAGUUGGAAAGGAAGGAGAGAUAUGGAUUAGCAGCCCAAGUUCUGGAAUUGGGUAUUGGGGCAGGGAAGAUUUGAGUGAGAAAACUUUCAGAAAUGAGCUUGAGAUAUUCCCCGGUAGAAAGUACACAAGAACAGGGGACCUGGGACGGAUAAUUGAUGGGAAAUUGUUCAUUACUGGAAGAAUCAAGGAUCUUAUAAUUGUGGCCGGAAGAAACAUAUAUUCGGCGGAUGUAGAAAAGACGGUUGAGAGCUCAUCUGAACUUCUACGCCCAGGUUGUUGUGCUGUCAUUGGGGUUCCAGAGGAAGUCUUGUCAACAAAAGGUAUCUCAGUGCCAGAUAGUUCUGAUCAGGUUGGCUUAGUUGUCAUUGCAGAGGUUAGAGAUGGUAAACCUGUUGGUAAAGAGGUGAUUGAACAAAUUCAAGCCCGAGUCGCCGAAGAACAUGGUGUAAAUGUUGCUUCGGUUAAGCUAAUCAAGCCCAGAACCAUCAGUAAAACAACUUCCGGGAAGAUCAAGAGAUUUGAAUGCCUCCAGCAGUUUAGUGAUGGAACACUAAACUUAGUUCCAGAGCCAAUUCUGUGUAAACGAAAAUUGAUACGGUCUUUCACUACAGGCACGUGUAGGGAGGGGAAAACCCCUCGACCCCAGCUGGUGACAAGUUCUCCUUCACCAAAUCCCAGAUUGAGUAACAAACAAAUUAUUGAGUUCUUGAAGGGGCUAGUUUCUGAGCAGACUGGGAUUUCUAUAAACAAGAUCUCUCCAACUGAAAGCCUGGUAUCUUAUGGGAUUGAUUCAAUUGGUGUGGUCAGAGCAGCUCAAAAGCUUUCAGAUUUCCUAGGAGUACCAGUUGGGGCAGUUGAUAUAUUCACUGCAACUUGCAUUCAGGACUUAGCAAGCUUCUCAGAGAAUCUUGUCAUGAAGUCCCAACCUCAGAACAUGACAACUCUUUCCUAUCUUCCAGAAUCCGAGAUUGAUUCUGCUGAGUUGAUAAUUGAAGUUUCCCUGAGUCACCAAUUGGGUAUCUUCUUGUUACAACUUGUAGCUCUUACAUAUGUUUGUGCCAUGCUGAUCCUCCCUACAAUUCUCUCACUUUCUGCUUUUAUGAAUUUGAUAUCUUCAAGCCAUAACUUGAUCGAAGUGAGUCCCUGGUUGGGCUAUACAAUUUCCCUAGUGUUCGCCCCUCUUUCUUGGAUCCUUUGCAUGUUCUUUACAUGCAUUUGUAUUGCUUUGUUCGGGAAUUCAUUCCUUCAACCAAAUUAUGCACUGACCCCUGAAGUUUCCAUCUGGUCAACGGAUUUUGUUAAGUGGUGGGCACUCUACAAGGUCCAGGAAAUUGCUUCAAACGUUAUGGCAGUACAUUUGAGAGGAACAGUGUUCCUGAAGUACUGGUUUCAGAUGUUUGGAGCUAGGAUAGGAUCGUCAGUUUUGCUUGAUACAGUUGACAUUACAGACCCAUCUCUGGUUUCAAUUGGAGAUGGAACAGUGAUUGCAGAAGGAGCACUGAUUCAAAGCCAUGAAGUGAAGAAUGGAACCUUGAGUUUCCUCCCAGUUAGAAUUGGACGAAAUUCAUCCGUUGGACCAUAUACUGUAAUCCAAAAAGGAAGUGUUUUAGGAGAUGAGGCAGAUGUACCAGCCUUGCAAAAGAUUGAAGGAGGAAAGCAUAUUUUGAAGUCCAACAAGGUUAGCAAUUUUCCAAAAGUAAGCACUUCCUGA